UUCCCCACCAGCCACACCUCCCCCGUCACCACCGGCUAUGUCCGCCCCAUCCCCCGCCGGCGUGACAUCACCGACCUUGACGCCAUCCCUGACCCCAAGCUGAACGCGGCGGCAGCUAAGCCUCCUCCAGCAGGCGGGACCUCUCCCAUCUCCCCGGAUAGCAGUCUCAACCGCCUCACCAAGGUCAACACGAACAAAAACCGCACGAGCGCCGACGCGCCCCACCAGAGGUCGCCACGGGUGUCUCGCAGCGUCAGCUGGAGUCCGGUCGUCGAGGUGUGGACGGACUAUAGCGACCACGAGGCGGACCCCGCCACCGUCGCUGCUACUACCGCCUCCCGUAGCCAGGAGACCGUCCCGCGCCUCCCCGUGACUGCGGGGGGAGGAGGAGGAGGAGACGGCGAGGAGGGUGGUUACGGGGUGUCGCUGGCGGAGGAGGAGGGGGCGUGGCGCGGCGUGGGGAAACCCAUCGACACGGUGAAUGACUGGCAGAUGAACAACCAAGCUGCUGCUGCCACCACGCGGCCGAGCUGGGAGACUGAAGCUUACGAUGACACAUGCUGCGCCCACGCAGAUCGCAGCAUCCCGGAAGGUGACACCACCGGUGAGGAACAGAUCGCUGAGCGACACAACGCGUUGGUGCUGCAGCGGUGGGCGCCAGGAGGCGCUGGUGUAGGAACAGGUGUCGCUAGAGGGCAGCGGACAGUGUUUAUAUGGGAUCUAGAUGAGACGAUCAUCAUCUUCCAUUCACUCAUCACAGGAUCGUUUGCACGCAAGUACGACAAGGACGUUGUCAAGGCAACGGAGCUUGGUAAACAGAUGGAAGAGUUGCUGUUUAGAGUUCUCGUCACCUACUUCUUCUAUUACGAUUUAUCGUCAACGACGUACCAGCACAUCAGCGACAUUCUGAACGCAGAGAGCAAGGAUGAUUCCCUUCUGAGCUACUCGGCUCCGUUCGCCUGGGGUUACAACACGAUGCACUCACGAUCGUCAUCGUCUCUGGCGUCGCCGCCAGGUGGCGAUGAUGAGCGCUGGUUGGCUGCACGCUACCGCAAGGUGGAGACACUGUACGUAGCACACCAACACGACACGGCAGCUUUGCUGGGUCCCAAUCUGAGGAAGAACUGGCGGCAGCUGCAGGAAAACAUAGAAUCAUUCUCUGAACGCUGGCUGGACGUGGCAAGAACCUGUUUAUCUGUUAUAGGAGCCAGGCUGAACUGUGAGAAUGUUAUCGUCACCUCCACUCGUCUGCUGCCGGCGCUCGCCAAGCUCCUUCUCUACGACUUUGGCGCUUUCUUCCCCAUAGAGAACGUCUACAGCGCAGCAGAGACCGGUAAGAAAGCGUGCUUUGAGCGCAUCUCGCUGCGGUUCGGCCGAGCCGCGAACUAUCUGGUGCUAGGCAACGGCAAGGAGGAGGAGGCUGCAGCCACGCAGCUCGGAAUCCCUCACUGGAAAAUAGCGUGUCGCUACAACCUGGAGAUGCUUUACAGAGCUCUGGACGCCAACGUCAUGUGACGCAGCACUGACGCGCUGACGUCACCACGUGACAUAUAGCGUCCAGCCACACGGACGCAUCAAUUGGGACGGACUUACACUGACUGUCAGAUUAGAUGACGUCACACACCAGCGUGCAUUACGCAGACGUCACGUAACCCCUGACACUAACUCUCUGCCGCGUGGCAUCACCAUGGCAACGACACAGCCUGCCCUCUAGCAGCACGCGUAGCAACUACACCGGCGGGUGUCUGUGAUGGAAGAUUUAGACACGCUGUGUAUUUACACACGCGAACAGUGGCUGUGUGUUAAUCUGCGUGUUUAUCUGUGUGCGUGUCUACCUAGCCAGACGCCGUCUGUAGAUCUACAUGCUGAGGUCUCCUCACACGCAACAAGGAGAGGAAGCGGAUUGGCUGUGUGCUUUUCGCUUCAAGGACGCCAUCUAUGGACCAUAAUCAGCUGAAA